AUGACGUGCUUCUUAUGCAUUUGUGGCAUGAUUAAUGGUCACUCUAUCGUCGAAAUCCCUGAUAUACUGUUCCCGGUGGUGUACUUUGAUGGCAAGAAGGGUAUUGUGCGUGGUGGGUCGUGGAUUCAUGAGAAGGCUCAGUCUAUUCGACACCUCUUUCCUUUACUUUCAACAUAUGCGCUGCCAAAGAGUCAUCUCCGUAACGAAUUCAAGCAACUACUCGAGGAGGCCCAGGCGCAGGAUCGACACCUUGAGGAGCUUGAAAAUACUGUGGCUGUACUGCAAACCGCGAUUGCCCCUUCGCCCCAGCUACAGCUGACGAAGCAAUAUGUGCCUAGUUAG